GGUUAGAGAGCCCAAAGUUUAUGCUCAUGGAAAUGAAAGUAACGAAGAUGUUAUAAAUAGAAAUUGGCCGGGAUGUUUUUCAUAGUUAUUUGAUCAACAAAACAAGCAUGGAAGGAGGAAGAAUUUUCAAUGUUUCAAGUAGGAAUAUUCAGCCUUCUCUGUCUGAAAAGCAUCAAGACCCUUGUCCUUAUACAUCAUCACCUCUCAAAUCCAAGCUUCAUGGCCAACUAUGGAACCGUCCAAAGGCCGUCCACAACCUCAGCUUCUCCUUCUCUAGGCGAGCCCUACAACCCAAAGAACUCCACAAGAAAGAACCUAUCGGUAUCCGACUUCAAACACCUUUGGCCUUUCAAUAUCCCCACAACCUCAGAAUCUGCAGCCGUAAGAAUCAUCAGAAACCUGGGUGACUUUGGAUUGUUCUAUGCUCUUUUCAUAUGGAUUGGCCUCUUCAUAUCCCUUAUACCAGAAAGAAAAGUCUCAUUGAUUUAUUUGGUGAUUAUGACCUAUAUAACAUCUGUGUACCUUCUGGUGUUGAGGGCACUGCCCAUGUCUAUUGACCUCAAUAGGUUUAUAGACAAAAAAGUUGUCCUUUUCAUUCUGGCUAUAGUGACUAUGGUUGAGCUCAUCUUAACAAAGGCUGGUCUGCAUCUCCUUGCUACUUUGGGUUGUGGUGUUCCAAUAAUUUUGGUUCAUGCAGUUUUUACAAUCCGAAGUGAGCUUUCGGUGGGUGGUGAAGAUGCUGUCGAAGGUGUUCCUCUUAUGAACUCCAGUGAAACAGAAUCAGUUGAUAUAGUUUGAAGAGUUCUCUAUUAAGUGUGGAAUUAAAUAUUUAGUUUUAAUUUUUUUUAAAAAAAAGAGUUUGAAGUUUUAAUUAAAUUUUGCUUUAUUUGUGUACUGUUGAUUCUAAAUACUGCUUAGUUUAGUUUAAGUGUUCUUAAAAGGAUAUUUUUUUAGAGGCUU